AUGCAGACGAUCCUCUCCAGGGCCGGACAGGCUCCGCGCGGCGGGUGCAAAGCCUGCAGCAGCGCCAUCAACACCCUGGGCAAGAGACCGGCCCCCGUCCGCCGCAAGCCGACCUUCGCCGAGCUCUUCACAGCAUGCUACAGCUCCAUGUUUGCCACGGCGGCAUUGGUGGAUGCCAUACGGAAGGAUGACCGCCGCAGGGAGCUGGAUCGUCAGCUGGACGAGGUUCGAAAGGAGAUUGCCGAUCUCCAGGACGGCCGGCAAUCGCACAGCUCGGAUCUCGACUCGAGGUACCGAUGGCUCGCCCUUGGACAGAUGGACGAACUGUGGAGGAGCUUGAAGAAGAUAUACGCCAGCCGCCCGUACAUGAAGGAAAUACACCAGCCGGCAACCAUCAGCAAAUGCGAUCUCAUCGAAGCUCUCAAACACGAAUACUAUGGCUGCUCGAGCGGUCGGCUGCGCAGUGCAAAGAGGCAAUUGGACUACGAGAUGCUCGAGAGCGCAAUCAUGCGGGAAGAGGGCGAUACGGGAAGAUUCUACCGAGAAUCCCGGAAUCAGGUCCAGCUGCUGCGCGAAUCCAUGAACACAGAAGCCCUGGUGCGGAAACUCUUGGAACGGUCAAGAUUCUAUGCCAAAGGCGAGUCGGCGCCGUCGCUGGAAAAAGCUCAGACUCUGUUGAAAGAAGGGAGUCCAGCCUUCACAUUCCGAUCAAUUGAUGCCGUCAGGGCUCAAGAGAACACCAUAUUGCUGAACAAGCGUCUAAGAGCCCUGGUUGCUGCUUCACAUCUUAAUAUGAAGGAGAAGAUUGGCAGGAUCUGCUAUAAUCUGCUCAUCUCUUCUCACCCACCCGACGUCCACACCUACAACACGCUCAUUGUUGCGUUCAACAAGUCGGGUUACCACUCGUUCGCCGAAGCGCUGGUGGCUUCCUUUUUCCACGACCGGCUGCUACAACCUACACCCUCCACCUUCAUCGCCAUCUUGAAUCAUUACCAGUGCACCAACAAUCAUGGAAAGUUCCUCCGGGCUCUCGCAUGCAUCACCGGGAUCGACAGUCGAACCGGUGCCAAAGUUCGCCGGAGACAUGUGUCAGACAUCAACAGGAACCCGACUCUUGUACCUUGGGCCCUGGAUUCCAAACGUCGAACUCUCAACGGUGAAUGGAUAUGGGACCAUGUGCCUCUGACCUUGCCGCUGGUGGAAGAAAUCCUCAAUGGGCUGCUUCACUUCAAGCUAUUUGACCAAGCUACGACGUUCCUCCUGUCAUGCAUGCAAUGCGGCGUGAGACUGAGCCUGGACUCCGUCAAAUACUUUUUUGAUGAAUGCAUCAACGCCCUGGACUGGAAAGCUGCAGCUGGGAUGGCCUACGGCUUGGCACGUUCUGAAACAGCACUGCAGAGGUUGCUUAGCUACCGAGGUGGUGACGAGAACUCGUCUUACAUUGUCGACCGAGUCCGUGUCUUGUUGGACAUCUGUGGCCUUGGGGGUCCGAAUCAGGUGCCCAAGUCGCUUUUGGCCAGCGUAAGGGUCACCGGCCCUGCUUACGCCAAGCUCCUCAGCGCAUUGGCCGAAGAGGAGGGCCUACCGGAGGGUGCGUCCAGAUCUAGUCGAUUGACUGACAGAUCCAAGAGCCGGGUGCUACAGCUGGAGGGCCUAUUGAAGGAGUGCGAGUUUGUGAGAAAGACGACGCUUUCCAUCGAGAGCAAGCUCCUCUACCCCGACUUCUCACCCGCCUUUCGAGUCUCGAUGGCCUUCUACAUUGGCGAGACGGCUAUGCAAAGAAGCGAGCAGCUGAGCCGAGAAUCGACACAGCUCAUC